GCCGGGCGCUGAGGGAAGCACGGAGCCCAGGCGGCGGGUGGGGUCCCCGGUGCGCCCCUCGGCCGCCUUCCAGGCCCCGCUGGCAGCCGGUUGCUGCCGCUGGCAGCGCGGUGCCCCUGGAGGCGACAAAAACCGAACCCGCCGCGCCCGACCCGCAGGCCGCCGCUCGCUUCAGGCCUCGCACCUGCCGUGUCGGCGUUCCCCGGGCUCGGUUCUCCGCACUCGAGCUCAGCUGUGGCCAACUCCGGCCGCUCGUAGCCCUUGAUGCUUCCUCUUCCCCCCGAACUUCGGCUCCAGCGUUAAAGGCUGGGUUGGUGCGAAUGGCUCUGGGACAGGCAGCGGCCCGGGGAGAGGAGGGGCAGGGCGCUGGCUGUGGUGUGGGUCCACGGGUGGCGUGGGGCCUGCAGCUGUGGGGUCUGCAGAGUUGGGCCCAGAGCCGUGGGGCCUGCAGCAUCAGGCAGAGCUGCGGGGCCCAGAGCCGUGGGGCCUGCAGCAUCAGGCAGAGCCGCGGGGCCCGCAGCCGUGGGGCCCGGUCUCGGACACCAACCCGCAGGCCCCACGGGGGAGAGCUUCCCCAGCUUCCCAGCUUGCUCCUGAAGGCAUCACAGUGGAGAGGGACCAGCUGAAACGGAAGCUCUUGACACAGGCUUCCCUGAGAAGAUCUAUCCAGCUUUGCAGCCAGCACUGCCCAGUUCACAUCUCUCCAAAGCCAGAAAACAACAGUACAGACCAGAGGUGCCAGAGUACUCCAGCUUUGCAGAUGUGCUGGACAGAUGGACUGAAGUGGAAAAGGAGGGGAAAAAAGACUAAACCCCCUGCGUUAUGGUGGGUAGAUGGUGCUGAAGAAGGGCUGAGGUGGAUCUUUGAGGAACUGUCCAGGAAAGCAGCAAAUGUACCCUCUGAUGCCUGCGGCAUGCAACAAGGAGACAGUUACUCUCAUUCGGCCCGGAUCCCAGAGCAGUGGCUGGUGAAGUUGGCUUGCGUGAGAACAGGAGCUGUCUGGAUUCCUGGCACGCAGCAGCUGACAGCAAAGGGCAUUCUUCAUCGACUGCAGAAAUCCGAGGCAAAGUGUGUCAUCACUGAUAAUUCCAUGGCACCAACGGUAGACUCAGUGGGGGCCGAAUGCCAGUUGCUGAAAUUCAAGUUGCUUGGGUCAAAGGGCCACAGAAGAAGGAUGGCUGAACUUUUUAAAGAUCUACUGAAUGUCAAGAUCCGGUGGGUAUUUUACCAGUGGAAAUACAGGAUCUGCAAAAGUGGCUGAACAUUCCCACAGCAGCUAUGGCCCUGGCCUCACAGUAAGCGGAAGGUACUGGCUGGACUUGACUUCCUCCGAUAUAUUUUGGAAUGUGUCAGCCACAGGCUAGGCAAAGUCAGCUUGGAGCAGCGUUUUUUCACUAUGGAGUCGGAGGGCAUGUGCAUUUGUACAUAAGAUGCCACACUUUGACCCAAGCAUUGUCUUUGAGG